AUGGCUGCCUUUGGGGUGCCGGUCAAGUUCCCUGUGCAGGAGCUCUACGACCUUGUAGACGCUGCCGACGUCUCCGUCUACGUGGAGAUGUAUCUCCAGUACUACAUCAACGAGAAAGGGGACAAGGUCUACACCACCAAGAAGGAGUCGCCUCUUGGGGUGCCGACGCAGUCUGCUCACCCAGCUCGCUUCUCACCAGAUGACAAGUACUCUCGCCAGCGGUUCCUAAUGAAGAAGAGAUUUGGACUUCUGCCAACUCAGCAGCCAGCACCGAAUUACCGAAGCUUCAACUGUCCAACCAUGCAUGUUCAGUUCGUGUCACGGCUUGUUGGUUGGAAUGUUGAAUGGAUGUAUCUCCAGUACUACAUCAACGAGAAAGGGGACAAGAUCUACACCACCAAGAAGGAGUCGCCUCUUGGGGUGCCAACGCAGUCUGCUCACCCAGGUGGAGACAAUUAG